CUUUCGCUUCAAUGCUGUCGCGUCAGAACCAAGUCGAAACUGUUUUUAUCCGGAAACACUCACUUCGGCACCCGAUGCAAUACUUUCUCCAAAUUAUCCGAAUUACUAUCCUGUAGGAAGCGACUGCCAAUGGCUGGUUCAAGCACCUCCGUCAUACACUGUCUCCGUUUACAUUGACGCGAUAUCUCUGGGAUAUUAUGAUUCGUUGGAUUUUUAUGAUGGCAACUCGACUGAUGUAGUUCUGACACAUUGUGAACGAUAUUAUUGCUACAACGGAAUGCAUAUCGGAAGUUAUGAUUCGCAAAUGCUGAUAAAAAUGAAUAGCAGUGACAGUGAUAACUCAGGAAAUGGAUUUUUCAAAUUGAAAUAUACAUUUUGUGAAAAUGCUAUGUGUUCCCCAACGGACGAUUUUACUAAUACUGUUAUGUCUCCUAACUAUCCUAAUGAUUAUCCAAACAUGUAUUCUGAAGUAUACAGCAUUGCGGUUCCAAGUGGUGUUGUAUAUUUUGAAUUCAAAACAUUUGAUACGGAGACAUGCUGUGAUCAUUUGGAUAUAUAUGAUGGAAAUUCCGUUAAUUCAUCACUAAUUGUGCAGCUGAGCGGUUAUCGUGAAGGAUUCAAAGGCCAAACUACUGGUCGAUUUUUAACAAUGAUGUUUUCUACGGACGUUUCAGUUACAAGAUCUGGUUUCCUAAUGAAAUAUUAUAAUGAGAGCAAUGCUGUUUAUCACAAUUUGUACCAAGCAGGCGAAUAUUACUCUUAUUAUGAUCAUUACCGACAAAAUAUAAUCUUAUCCCCGGGAUACCCAGGCUUCUAUCCGUAUGACGUCGACUAUUAUUGGUAUUUUCAUGCGAAUGCAAAUGUCUAUAUGAUUGAAUUUGAAGUUUACAAGUUGGAUUUGGAUUCCUCUGAUUUUCUAAAGUUUUACGAAUAUUUUGGCGUUGACUCUACUAAUCUUAGAUAUACCUUAACGGGAAAUAGAUAUCAUAGUAGCCCAGGCAUAUACAUUUACAAUACUAGAGCAACAAUGCGGCUCUAUUCAGACUCAACAUUUAGUGGCGAGGGAUUUAACAUCAGAUAUAUCUAUCAUAAUUAAUGAGGUUGAUUGGUCCUACCUUAAAGUAAGGUCUACACUCCCAUUGGCGCUUCAACGUGAGAUCUACCGCUGUAUUAUCACUCACGCGGUAGACCUCUGGGUGUAGAUCGGUAGG